UAGGUUCUGAGCGUGAAGUCGGUUCCUAGCAUCUGAGAGUGAACCUGCAGGGAUGAACCCUUUAACUAAAGUUAAACUGAUCAACGAGCUGAAUGAGCGUGAGGUCCAGCUGGGGGUAGCGGAGAAGGUGUCUUGGCACUCCGAGUACAAGGACAGCGCCUGGAUCUUCUUGGGAGGGCUUCCUUAUGAGCUGACGGAAGGGGACAUCAUCUGUGUGUUCUCACAAUAUGGCGAAAUUGUUAACAUUAAUUUGGUACGGGACAAGAAGACUGGGAAAUCCAAAGGAUUCUGUUUCCUCUGCUAUGAAGACCAGAGGAGCACAAUUCUGGCUGUUGACAAUUUUAAUGGGAUCAAGAUCAAAGGAAGAACUAUCCGAGUGGAUCAUGUGUCUAACUAUCGGGCUCCUAAGGACUCAGAAGAAAUGGAUGAGGUGACCAAAGAGCUGCAGGAGAGGGGCUGCGGGGCUCACACUCCCUCACUGAGUUCAUCUGAGGGCUCUGAAGAUGGCAAACCCACCAGAAAACACAAAAAAGACAGAAAGGAAAAAAAGAAAAGAAAGAAAGAAAAAGAGAAGACUGACCAGGAGGUACAGGCAGAGCAGCCAGCCUCCUCUUCAUCACCCAGAAGCAAGAUGAUAAAGGAAAAGGAUGACCCUGGCUCUAAAAAGCACAGUGGGAAGAACUCAGAGAGGGGUCAGAAGUCAGAGUCCAGGGAGGUAUGGAAGCCCCACCCCAGCUCCCCUGAGAUCAGGAUGACCUGCCGUGGUGGAACAGAGGACCGAGAGAGGGAGCCGAGGAAGGAGAAGCCCAAGCACGAACACAAGUCAUCAAGCAGGAGGGAAGAGAGAGAAGAUAAGAACAGAGAUAGAGACAGAGGUCGAAGCUCAGACGCACAUUGCAGCCGGCACAGUGGGCACUCUGAGGGGCGUAGUCACAGAAGUAGAAGUAGGAGUCAAGAUAAAUCCCACAGGCGUAAAAGGGCCCGGCACUCCUGGGACCGGGAGUCCUCUAAUCCUAGUGACCACAGGCAUCACUGAAGCCACAGCCUGUUCAACUGCAUGGUAGAAUUGGAAAUGAAUUGUGGUUUUUUUUUUUGUUUGUUUGUUUUCUGUACAUGGGCCUCUCACUGUUGUGGCCUCUCCCGUUGCGGAGCACAGGCUCCGGACGCGCAGGCUCAGCGGCCAUGGCUCACGGGCCCAGCCCCUCCGUGGCAUGUGGGAUCCUCCUGGACCGGGGCACGAACCCAUGUCCCCUGCCAGGCGGACUCUCAACCACUGCGCCACCAGGGAAGCCCCUGAACUGUGUUUUUAAAAUGCAAUGAAAUUCAGUUAUGCUUUUACUAUUUCUAUACGUAAAAUAUCUGAGGAUGAGUUCUUUUAUUAACUUCCUUGAGUGUUAGAAUCAUUGAGAGAGCUGUAGUUUUUAACAGCUAAAUGUCCUGGAUUUUUGAGCAAAAUCCAUUGUCCCUGGGAGUAUACUUGGUACUUUUGGUACUUAACCAGAGUAUGUAUCCUAAAUUUGGGUUCAUAAAUAUGGCCCUUGAAUUUGUGACCCCAAUUUAUGAUGAAAUGGCCAGGAAGGGGAAAUACCAGGCAAUUCUAGAAUUCCAGUCUUUGUGAGAUAUUUAGAACCCUUGCAGUAACCUUUCCAGUUGGCAGGUAUAACCAUAGAGUAGAGAAGUGUGGCUUCACUAGGCUCAGACAGCUUGCGGUGAAUGUGGUAAGGAUUCUUAACAUCAGCCUGCUCCCUUCCUACCUCCCCUCCCCCCGCCUUUUUGAAAUUUUAGAUUUUUUUGUUUUUGUUUUUGUUUUGGUUGAUAUGUCUCCACAUCUUUUCCUUACAACUUUAUUUUAUUGAGAAGAAAUUAACAUAAAAUUAACCAUUUUAAAGGGAACAUUCAGUGGCAUUUGGUGCAUUCACAGUGUUGUAAAACCACCAACCCUAUCUACUUCCAAAACACUUUCAUUAUCCCAAAAUGAAACCCUGUACCCAUUAAGCAGCUACUCCCCAUUCCCUCUUCCUCCUUGUCCCUGGCAACCACCAGUCUGCUUUCCAUUUCUGUAGAUUUACCUAUUCUGGACAUUUCAUAUAAGUGGAAUCAUAUAACAUGUGGCCUUUUGUGUUCGGUGCCUUUCACUUAGUAUAAUGUUUUUGAGGUUCAUCCAUAUUGUAUCAGUACUUCAUUCCUUUUUAUGGAUAAUGUCCCAUUGUAUGGAUAUUCCAGAUUUUGUUUACCCAUUCCUGAGUGGAUGGACAUGUGGGUUGUUUCCACCUUUUGGCUAGCCAGUUCCCUUUUCAUGUUCCAGACAUACCAGACUGCUUCUGGGCUUAGUCUGCUUUUCGAGUAGCUGCUCUUGAUGAGAUGGGCACAUUUUGUUGGCUCCAUUGUGUAUCUAGCUGGUCUGCUUGGUAGUUCUUUCUCAUUUUGAGAUUCUUUUUCUUUUUUCUCAGUCAAUCCCUUAUGAGUUUGGUAAGUAGUUCACAGGCCCUUAAUACCCCUGCUGAAUUAUUAAAGUGGAAUUUGUGACCCUGUAAAACAGAGGACUAGAGCUUUAAUAGUGAAUGCACUAAGUUAGAUUACGUGGUGUGUUAGUACGGGUCCUAGAUUAGAUGUGCAAGAAAUCUGGGGGUUGGGAUGCCCAUGAAGGAAAAAGGAGAGGGAACUGGAGGAGUCUGGGAAAGCUGUCAGACAAUGAUGUAGGUCUAACUUCUUGGAGAAGAAAGGGAAGGAAGGAAGGAAGGAAGGAAGUUGCGUAGGAAAAGUCUUACACCACUGUGGAGUUCUAAGAAUAUUUCAGCAAGACCAGUGGUGAGCCCUUGAGACAAAGACACCUGUCAGAGGAGUCCUGCUAGAUGAGCCUUGGUAAGCAGGAAUCCUUGCUGUUGGGCCUCCAUCAGCCAUUGUGGCCACUCUUCUUAUGUGUCCAUCAUGCCAAUUGUGUGGUAACUGAGGAAGGCCCCUGCACCUGGCUGAGUCAUUGUAUCUGCUUGGUGGUUCAGUGCCUCUUCUAUGAUGUUUUCUGAUGGGUGUUAACAUGUGAUGCAGAAAUCUUCACACUUUGCCUGAGGACCCUCCCUCAACCCCCUGUUUCUCCACUCUUGUCUUUUUCAGCUUGUAGAUCUUGAGUGAUACCCUUGUUGGCUCUCGGUAUUGCUUCUAGGAACACCAUGGUCCAUUCGUGCCAUCUCCACAAGUCCCUUUGGGUAAAGCCCCCUUGGCUGCCCUUCAGACCGUGUGGUUCAUUUUGGUAUUUGUGGCCUCCUGGCUUCUGGUGGAUAAGCUCCUCUACCUGGGUGUCUUACUCUGGGGCUGCAGCUCUGUGAUGGUCUCUUACUGCCAUCCCUGGCCUGCAGAGGAGGCCACCUCUGAACCUAGUGAUGCUGGUGCCCCUUUCACCAGUGUGUUCCUGAUGGCCUCGGUGAAUGGGAUGUCUUCUGGGCCCCCCUGUGGAACACUACCCUCUGGUGAGGUUUUUGACCUCAUGUAAUCUCUUCACUCCAGCAUACCUACUCCCCUCGGCCUUUUCAUUCCUUCCUUGGUCCCUUGCCAGGACAGCUCAGGUGUUUCUCCUUUACUUAGUGGUGGCCAGCACUUUCGCCAGUCCUCUAAGAGCCACCUUAGUAGAGACUGCUCACCCCCAGCAGUCCUUGCCAGGGAGGGGGUUAAAUCCUGUAUACUGAGAAAGUGCUCCCAAGUCUAAAUUCUUGCUUUUCUGGCCCUCUUUAUACAGCACCCUUGAAAGGCAAACCCAGUGUUUCCUUGGUUCCUGUCAGUACCUGCCAGUUAAUUCUUGCAGCUUUUUGGUGUAUACUUUCUCCUUUAUUAGGCCCGGUACUUCCCCAGCCAGGUAAAGCUGGAAUUUAAUCCUAGUUAUCAGUUUGGUAGCCAGGAGAGAGGCUGGACACAGCUCCUUGGGGGAGGGGGUGGGACCGAUUGCCCGGUGUGGGGAGCAGCCGCUGUAGCAUCUUCCAGCAUGGGGUACGCUAGCUCUUAUUUGGGAAGAGUGGCUCCCUCUGCAAACUGAGGGCUGGAUGGGGGUGUCUGCAGAGCCAACACUUUCAGGGAUGUCUGGCCAGAUGUUCCUACCCCAUGUUUCAGGGCCUCAGGGUUUCCAAGCACAUGAAGUCAUGUGGCCCUGACUGCAGCAAAGCAGACCUGCCACAUGUUAAAUAUUGAGUAUUUAAUCUCCCUGGAGUUCUGCAACUCUUAUGACCUCUUGGUUGCUCUGCUGUGUCCACUCCUCCACUGCAGGAACUAAGGACCUUUUUGGAAGCUCCACAGAGGCCCUCUGGCUCUCACACUUGGCCUUUAGCUACUUAUUAACUCUCAUCCAUUUCUCACUACCCUGCUGCAGGGCAUCAGUACAACUUAACACUGUCCAGCCAUUUCCACUGUUUCUGUAGGCCUUAUUCCUACCCUAUUUUCUUUUUUUGGGGGGGGUGGGUUUAUUUUAUUUUAUUAUUUUUAACGUUUUUAUUGCAGUAUAAUUGCUUUACAAUGGUGUGUUAGUUUCUGCUUCAUAACAAACUGAAUCAUAUAUCCCCAUAUCUCUUCCCUCUUGCAUAUCCCUCGCUCCCACCCUCCCUAUCCCACCCUUCUAGCUGGCCACAAAGCACCGAGCUGAUCUCCCUGUGCUAUGCAACUGCUUUACACUAGGUAUCUAUUUUACAUUUGGUAGUGUAUAUAUGUCCAUAUAUACACUACCACUCUCUCACUUUGUCCCAGCUCCUGCCUCCCCUGUUUUCAAAAGUCUGAAUCGCUACAUCUGUAAGUCUGUUCUCUUGAGUUUUCCCAGGUCAUAUCCAGAGAAAUCUUUAGCAGUUGGGUGCUCCAUGCCUGGGACUGUCUAUGCCCCCUACCCCCUCAGGACAGUGUCCAUUUUUCCCAGCAGGCAGUGACUGAAGCAGUCCUAGACCCCAUCUUACACAGCCUGUUUUCUUGGACCACCACGGGCACCAUUUGUGAUAGUUUAGGUUCUCUGAGAAGCAGGUGCCAAGAUGGGAUUAAACACAUGAGAGAUAUAUUAGGGUAAAUGCCUGUGAAGGAGAAUGGGGAGGGAGUCAGGGGAGAGCUGUCGGACUAGGUGCAGGUGUAACCCCAGUGGAGGACAGAGGGGAUGAAGGAGUGGUGGGUAGGAAAAUUCUUAAGACUAUGAGGUGCAGUUGUAAGAACAUUUUGCAGAGCGAAUGUUUCUUUCAGGAGAGGCAGUCCACCAUGGGCCCUGAGCAUCUGUGCCUGUUCUUGGUGAAGGUCUUUAUUUUUUUAAUUUUUUUUUAAAUUUUUUAACAUCUUUAUUGGAGUAUAAUUGCUUUACAAUGGUGUGUUAGUUUCUGCUUUAUAACAAAAUGAAUCAAUUUUACAUAUACAUACAUCCCCAUAUCUCUUCCCUCUUGCAUCUCCCUCCCUCCCACCCUCCCUAUCCCACCCCUCUAGGUGGUCACAAAGCACCAAGCUGAUCUCCCUGUGUUAUGUGGCUGUUUCCCACUAGCUAGCUAUUUUACAUUUGCUAGUGUAUAUAUGUCCAUGCCACUCUCUCACUUUGUCCCAGCUUACCCUUCCACCUCCCCAUAUCCUCAAAUCCAUUCUCUAGUAGGUCUGCAUCUUUAUUCCCGUCUUGCCCCUAGGUUCUUCGUGACCAUUUUUUUUUAGAUUCCAUAUAUAUGUGUUAGCAUAUGGUAUUUGUUUUUCUCUUUCUGACUUACUUCACUCUGUAUGACAGACUCUAAGUCCAUCCACCUCACUACAAAUAACUCAGUUUUGUUCCUUUUUAUGGCUGAGUAAUAUUCCAUUGUAUAUAUAUGUCACAUCUCCUUUAUCCAUUCGUCUCUUAAUGGACACUUAGGAUGCUUCCAUGUCCUGGCUAUUGUAAAUAGAGCUGCAGUGAACAUUGUGAAUUAUGGAUUAUGAAUUAUUUAUUUAUUUAUUUAUUUUUCUUUUUGCGGUAUGUGGGCCUCUCACUGUUGUGGCCUCUCCCGUUGCGGAGCACA